AUGGCUAGGAUUGAAGGAAAGAAGCCUGAAGAAGAAAGCUUAGCCAUCCCCCCAAUUAGGAUUUCGUUUCCGAAGGCCGCAUAUGUGAUGCAGCCUGAUAAGGGACAUGGAAACCUCCUUCAGAAGCUUUCUUCAAUGAACAUAAACACUCUGGAGGAAGAUCAAGUCGAGGACAUUGCCGAGAAGAUUGAAUCCGGAAGAAGGGAUGAAGAGCUGCCGCAAUUAACCAUCUACACUCUGGAAGAAGUCACCGUCAGGACUUUCAUUCGAAAGCUAGUCGAAGGACAGAAGUUCCAGAAUUGGGAUACCCAAGAAGCUUCAUUGGUUUUCAAAAUGAACCCUGAAAGCGGAUCCUCUACAACAACACCUGCACUUUACAUUGAGAAUGAAUGGCCAAACUUUAAAGAAUACAUGCACGAACAAGCUUGGAGGCCCGCUAAAGAGGAACUUGAAACCAUAAAUGUAGGUAAUGAAGAAAUCAAGCAAGAGCUGAAAAUAGGGACUUUGAUCACCCCUGAAGAGAAAGAAGAGUUGACUGCACUACUCCGAGAUUACGUAGAUAUCUUUUCCUGGUCCUACGAGGAUAUGCCUGGUUUGGAUACGGAUAUCGUAGUACAUAGGAUACCACUGGUGGAAGGAUGCAAGCCGAUUAAGCAGAAGUUAAGGAGAACUCAUCCGGAGAUCUUAAUCAAAGCAAAGGCAGAAAUUGAAAAACAAUGGAAUGCUGGUUUUUUUGGAAGUAGUCAAAUAAAAAUGGCGCAAGAGGAUAAGGAGAAGACAAUCUUUGUAACACCAUGGGGAACCUUUUGCUACAAAGUCAUGCCAUUUGGUUUAAAGAAUGUUGGGGCCACCUACCAAAGGGCUAUGGUGACUUUGUUUCAUGACAUGAUGCACAAAGAGAUUGAAUUGAGGCUUAACCCAGCGAAGUGUUCAUUUGGGGUGAAAUCCAGUAAGUUGUUGGGAUUUGUGGUGAGUGACAAAGGGAUAGAAGUGGAUCUCGACAAAGUAAAGGCUAUUCAAUCUAUGCCACCUCCCAAGACUGAGAAGGAUGUGAGAGGUUUCUUAGGAAGGUUGAAUUACAUUGCUCGGUUUAUAUCCCAAUUAAUCACGACUUGUGACCCGAUCUUUCAUUUGUUAAGGAAGAAGAACCCUGGAACAUGGAAUGAAGAGUGUGAAGAGGCUUUUGAGAAAAUCAAGCAAUACUUGCUGAAUCCACCCCUGCUUGUUCCUCCUGUACCAGAAAGGCCAUUGAUAUUGUACCUAACAGUAACCGAAACAGCAAUGGGAUGUGUGCUUGGGCAACACGAUGAAACCGGAAGGAAGGAAAGGGUUAUUUAUUACCUGAGCAAGAAGUUCACGGAAUGUGAGUCUAGGUAUACUAUGAUUGAGAAGCUAUGGUGCGCACUGACAUGGGUUGCAAAGAGAUUACGAAAGCCGUGGAAAAGGAGUGUUAUUGCCGAUCACCUGGCUGACCAUGCUAUGGAAGAUUAUGAGUCAUUAAACUUUGACUUUCCCGAUGAAGAUGUGCUUGCAAUCGAGGAAGAGAAAUCAGAUUGGUGGAUUAUGUACUUUGAUGGUGCUGUAAAUGUACGUGGUAACGGAGCGGGUGCAGUGAUAAUCUCUCCUGAUAAGAAGCAGUAUCCAAUUUUAGUUAAGCUGCAGUUCGGGUGCACCAACAACACGGCUGAGUAUGAAGCUUGCAUUCUCAGUUUAGAGGCUGCAUUAGAGAUGAACAUCAGAAAGAUAAAUGUGUAUGGAAACUCAAUGCUGAUCAUUUGCCAAGUAAAAGGAGAAUGGCAAACCAAGGAAGAGAAGUUAAGGCCUUACCAAGAAUACCUUUCUAAACUGGCUAGAGAAUUUGAGGAAAUAGAGUUCACCCAUCUGGGAAGGGAAGGAAACCAGUUUGCAGAUGCUUUGGCCACACUAGCAUCUAUGGCCAAGAUAGACUUUGGGCACAAGGUACAGUUGGUACACAUCAAUAUCACAAAUAACCCAGCUCAUUGCUGCUCAGUCGAAAAAGAAGUGGAUGGAAACCCUUGGUACUAUGAUAUCAAGAAUUUCAUCCAAAACCAGACAUAUCCCAUGGAGGCAUCCAAAAUCGACAAGAAGACCUUGAGGAGGUUGGCAAAAAGCGCGUUACGGGAAGUCCAUGAAGGGAUUUGCUCAACCCAUGCUAAUGGACACGUGAUGGCUAGGAAGAUACAAAGAGUCGGAUACUUCUGGAUGACAUUAGAGAAGGAUUCCAUCGACUAUGUCUGA